AAUAUCGCCGUGUCGUUACCUCAUACAAACUUACUGCCGUCUAGGUCGAACUCUACCAUUGACCCCGAGAGAUUAGCCCUAGAUUAGUGUUCCUAGUUUCUGUGAUUUGUCUCGACGGCGACACACAACAGUGAUAUGUGGGACUGAGCCGGCCGAUCGAAUUACACUUCAAGGCCUUUAUUUAAAAUACCGAAGGCAUACUCAUUCUUAAACCAAGGUUUCAUCAUCGGAAACGGACCGUCUAGAUGCCUGUGCGACCCCGGACCAGUUACCGUGCCUCCUACCCUGGGCAUGAUGUUCGAAACAGUUCCUAUAGAACCCCUCGCCCUGUACCCAGAGUCAAACCUGAGGCUCACUCAAAUUACACCCGGGGCUGGGGUGUGGUCAAGGCAUGGGCUUUUGGAAAAGGAAUUGCAGGAUACUCUUCUCCCAGGCCGAAACCUCGCUGUCCCACGUCAGCUUCAAGAGGCAACUGCCACCUCGGACGUAAUGGUAAGGUGGCCCCUCUUCUUAACGGCACUGCAACACCAAGGUCCAUUUCAGCACCUCCUAGAAUAAAGUCGGAGGCACAGGGCAUUGCUUCAGUCAGCAGAGGCAAAAGGAUGAAGGUUAUUGUCCAUGAGUAUGGGGAGCACGGACCUACGCCUAGAGUUCCAAGGGUCAAGCCAGAAGCUGAGGAAACUGCAACAGUUCACAAAGGCGGAAGGAUGUAUAAUCUUGUUCACAAGUAUGCCAUGAUGCCUUCAUCGUCUCGAGCUGUUCCUCGCGUCAAACCCGAAGCAGAAGGAAUAGCUGAAGUGAGUAAGGGUAAGCGGAUGAAUAAUAUCAUCCAUAAGUAUGGCAAUAAUGAAAGGACACCAAGGAGACCUGUACGUGUAAAACCUGAAGCAGAACAAUCAGCAGAACUCGAUAAAGGAAAGCGAAUGGAAAGACUGAUUCACAGCUAUGGGCGUAUGCCCCUCUCGUCGCGUCCAGUUCCGCGGGUCAAGCCGGAGGCUGAGAUGAGUGCAGGUAUAGCCCAGGGUGGGAGGAUGUCCAGACUCAUGCAUGACCCCCGGAGCUGCCCUAUCACACCACGCCCAGUUCCAAGGGUGACUACUGCUGAGGCAGAUAACAUUCUAAGGAAGAGCUAUGGUCAGAUGGGAAGAAUUCUUCGAAAUCAUGGUCAGCGAUCAUACAUAUUUGUUCCUGGGCAACAGAGGAAGUCAUUCGAGCAGGCAAGGACUAUGUAGGUACGGACUAGUGACCGGAUAGUGUUGUGUGUUCGUAGUCCGCGCUCGAUGCCAAUACUGAUAUUGUCUCAUAAAUUUGGAACCCAUUUUAUUCAAAUGCCGAAACAGUAUUAUUUUCAGAUUUGUUGUUCGGGUUGAAUAAACUGAAGCGCCAUAUAUCUGUUCAUAGCAGAUGCCUCGUUAUUUCGAUGAGUCGGUGGUUUGGUUGGUUGACUCAGCAAUUUUCCAGCUA